GCGCUCAGAGUGAGAAAAUAAAACUGCGUCGUCCUCUUGCCGUCUGCUCAUUUAUCAAAAUUUCGCUUUUAUCUGUCUGCGGAUUCAUCAAAUCCCUAAGGCCUACUGCCCUUAGUCUCUCUGUAGAUUCGGCAAAUCCCCGGAAAUUGCUCCUUUAUAUCGCAGAAUUGAAGCCCCUUGUGGACUUCAGAGGUUGAGGCUGUUAGUUAUCAAUAAUUUUGAGGGAUAUAGGGUUUUUUUUUUUCGAUUUGGUGAUUGGGGAUUUCUAGGGUUUUUGUGAAGAGGUUGAAUUGGUGGUUUAUUAGGGUUUUUUUCCAGUUUGUGAGAAGCGGAAAAGGUGAAAGUUGGAGGGAAUUGAUGGUUGAAGCUAGGGUUUUUAGUUGUUCAAAGUUUGGGAAAAAUGCAAAGAAGGGAGUUUUAUUAUGCAUGGGAGGGUUCAGACGGAAGGUGAGGGGAGUUGGACAAGUCCACAAAGGAGUAUCCGUUGGCAUAUGCACCCUACUGUAAUAGCUGCGGAUUCAAAUUCAUUCUGUAAGGAUGGACGGAAAAUCAGUGUUGGUGAUUGUGCUCUUUUCAAACCUCCUCGGGAUUCUCCACCUUUCAUUGGUUUAAUUCGCUGUUUGACAUUAAGAAAAGAUAAUAACUUGCAGUUAGGAGUCAAUUGGCUUUAUCGACCAGCUGAACUAAAGCUUGGGAAAGGCGCUUUGUUGGACAGUGCACCAAACGAGAUAUUCUAUUCAUUUCACAAGGACGAGAUACCUGCUGCCUCUCUGUUUCAUCCGUGUAAAGUUGCAUUUCUUCCUAGAGGUGCAGAACUUCCCACAGGGACAUCCUCCUUUGUUUGUCGACGUGUCUAUGACAUUGAGAACAAGUGUUUAUGGUGGCUAACAGAUCAAGACUACGUUAAUGAGCGACAGGAAGAAGUAGACCAGCUUUUAUACAAAACGAGAAUAGAAAUGCAUGAAACGUCGCAUCCAGGUGGUCGGUCUCCGAAACUAAUUAUUGGCCCAACUUCGGUUUCACAAUUGAAACCUGGGUCAGAUAAUGUUCAAAAUAGUGGGACUUCCUUUCCUUCCCAAGUUACUGAUCCUGUCAAACGAGAACGUUUUUCAAGGACAGAUGAAGGUGAUUCUGCUCAGUACAAAGCUGAAAGUAGCUUGAAAUCUGAUAUUGCAAGAAUAACGGAGAAAGGAGGAGUUGUGGAUUUGGAAGGGGUAGAGAAGCUUGUCCAAUUAAUACAGCCAGAUAGAAUCGAGAGAAAAAUGGAUUGGAUUAGUCGUUCCAUGCUUGUUGGUGUAAUUGCUGCCACUGAGAAGGUCGAGUGCCUUAAUCGUUUUGUUCAGCUCAGAGGUUUACCUGUCUUGGACGAGUGGCUCCAGGACAUCCACAAAGGGAGAGGUGGUGGUAAUAGUUCCAAGGAUGGUGAUAAAUCUUUAGAGGACUUCCUUUUGGUUUUACUUCGUGCACUUGAUAAACUUCCAGUGAAUCUUCAUGCCCUACAAACUUGCAACAUUGGCAGAUCUGUGAAUCAUUUACGAUCACAUAAAAAUGUAGAAAUCCAGAGAAAGGCACGGAGUUUAGUUGACACAUGGAAGAAACGUGUAGAAGCAGAAAUGAUUAGUAUUGAUGCAAAAUCUGGUUCAACCCAAGCUACAUCUGUGUGGUCAUCCAAAUCACGCCUUCCAGAGGCUUCCCAUGGUGGAAAAACAACAAGCGGGUCUGAUGUGGCCAUAAAAAGCUCAAUCACUCAGCAUUCUGCAUCUAAAACUACUUCAGUAAAGUCCUCCCAUGGGGAAAGUAUUGCGAAGUCUGCAUCUUCAUCUCCUGGGCCAGUGAAACCAGCAUCACCCCGUGCAUCUGGCAAGGAGAGCCAACCUGGGAUUUCUGUUGGUGGCACUCUUGAUGCACCUCUAAUUAGGGAGGAUAUGAGUAGUAGUUCUAACCGGUCUCAUAGUCAUAGUCAGUCAAUCUCCGGGAAGGAGGAGGGCAAGAGUUGCACUGCAGCUUCUGUGGGUGCUAGUAAGAUAUCAAGCAGUAGCUCUCGCAAUCGUAAAGGUAGUGGGUUUCUCUCAGUAACUGCAGGUCAGAAAGAAAACAGUUCAGGCAGAAGUUCUUUAGCACAAAGAAAUACUGCUUCAGAUAAGUUAUCGCAGUCUGCUGUAAUAAGUGAAAGGGUUGCUGAGGGACCUGUUGUUGAAGCAUGCAGUCAUAAGCUUAUAGUUAAGAUACCAAACCAAGUUCGGAGUCCCACACCAGGUGCCAGUGGAGUAUCCCUUGAAGAUCCUUCUAUUAUGAGCAGCCGAACUUCUUCUCCAGGUCUUCCAGAUAAACUAGAGCAGUUUGACAAUAAUCCGAAGGAGAAGAGUGAUGCAUAUCAAUCUGACAUGAAUACUGCUUCUUGUCAAAUCAGUGAUAGAAAAGAUGCAUUGACUGGAUCUCGUGAUGGUGCUGGCUCUCCUGCAGCCCUUCCUGAUGAAGAGAAAAAUAUGAUAACUGAAGCCUCCAGAAGAUUAAUUGAAGUCCGCAAGAAGAACCAAGUGAAGUCUGGAAAGUUGCAUGAUACGUCUUUCAGCCCCAUGAAUGCUUUAAUUGAGAGCUGUGUUAAAUAUUCAGAAGCACAUUCUUCAUUGUCCCUCGAGGAUGAUGUCGGAAUGAACUUACUUGCUAGUGUGGCAACUGGGGAGAUGUCCAAAUCUGAAUUGGUUUCACCAACUGAUUCUACAGAAAGAAGCACCCCUGCAGUUCAGGAAGCUUGCUUCGGUGAUGAGGCAAGAUCAAAGUGUUCUCCUGAUCCAGGAAGUCGAAGUCAGUUUGUCAAUGAUGCUGAAAGUGAUGGUAAGAAACAGGCUGUUUUAGAUGGUAGUUCACGGUCUGAAGAUGGAUUAGAUAUGCCCAGACAAGCAUCACUUACAUGUUCGUAUGAUGGAAUCUCUGCUCGAACCUAUACUUCUGCAGAUAUACCAGUUGGAGAGGCCAAUAAACCUUUUGAAUCUGUUUGCACUGAUUUGAGAAGCACUUGUGAUCCUAUGAGGGAGGUUGAGAAGUUGAAACAGAAUACAGAUGCUGGUGAUGGGAUAAGAGAUGGUGAAGUGAAUAAAGAACUUCAGGAGGAAAAGGCUCCAUCAAGUAAUGUCAGCGCUGAUAACAUUCUAAACUGUAAAAGUGAUGGAACUAUUGUUGCUGGUACUGCUGACCAGGCUGAUAUGGAUCCUUUAGAUACAGAUAAGGUGAAAUUAAUGGUUGAAGUUGCAUCAUCAAAUCAAUCAUGUGAUGAGGACUGUACGGCUGAUGUGAAGCAAGGAUUGGAAAUGGGUACUAACCCACAGCAGAAAUUUACUGCUCCAAUUGUAAAUUCUGAAUAUGCUGAAAGAGCUAAUAAUGAAAAGCCACAACAGACUGCUCCUGGCCAAAGUCCAGUGUCUGAAGCCAGUCAUGAAGUCAAAAUUAGUGAAAAGGGUGAAUUGGAUACCAAGAGGCAUAUUACCGAGGCUGAAAGAGAGAAAUUAGAUAGGACCGUGGACAAAAACACAGCUGUUGCUGGCCAUAGUCUAGAUGAUUCAUGUUCCCGUAGCAAUGAACUCAGGAGUCAAAAUUCGGAGCCCUAUGUGGAAAAGAAAGAGAUUCCUGAAAAUAAUUCAGUCCCUGAGGGAGGAUUGCCUGCACCUGUGGCCCAUGAAGCACAGAAAAAAGAUGAGCUGAGAGGAUCAAAGUCUGCUAGAAUCGAAGUGGCUGAAGUGGCAUCUGCUUUGACUGUUGCAGAGGCUUCAACUUCUGCUAUCACAGCUUCAGGGCCAGAUACAAAAAUAAAGUUCGACUUAAAUGAAGGUUUUAUGUUUGAUGAUGCAAAAUACGGGGAGCCAGUUGGUUUAAUAAUGUCUGGUUCAACAAAUGGUCUGGUGUCAUUUUCUGUAGAUUCUGUUCCCAGUAGUCAUCCUUCCUCCGUUACAGUGGCUGCCGCUGCUAAAGGCCCCUUUGUUCCUCCGGAAGACCUAUUGAGAAGUAAAGGGGAGCUUGGAUGGAAGGGCUCUGCUGCCACUAGUGCAUUUCGUCCAGCUGAACCCAGAAAAGUUCUUGAAAUGCCAUUGUCUUCAACAAAUUUCUUAUAUGAUGCUUCAACCAGUAAAAAUGGCCGGACUCUGUUGGACAUAGAUCUGAACGUGCCGGAUGAAAGAGUUAUUGAGGAAAUGGCUUCUCGAGAUUCUGCUUUGAGUCUUGGUAUCAAAACUGAUUUGGUAAAUAAUCAUGCUGCAUUGCUGAGUGAGAGCUCAGGUUCUGUGCCAGUUCUUGGCUGUGGGGGCCUGGAUCUUGAUUUGAAUAGAGUUGAUGAAGCAAAUGAGAUUGGCCAAUGCUCCACCAGCUGCAACCUUAACGGAAAGGAUUCCAUGGUGCUUGUAAAACCAUUAAGUGGUUUACCUUCUACUGAUGUUCAGAGGGACUUUGAUCUCAAUGAUGGGCCUGGGGUUGAUGAGUCUAGUGCGGAGCACUUAACGAUCAGCCAGCAAGUCAAGGUUCAUAUACCACCGCAGUUGCCUUCUGCUGGCGCUAGAAUGAAUAAUCCUGUUCUGGGGAGUUUCUCGUCUUGGUUCCCACCGGGGAAUACAUACUCAACUGUGGCAAUUCCGUCUAUAAGACCUGAUCGUGCCGAUCAGCCCUUUCCCAUCAUUCCACCCGGAGCGCCCCAGAGAUCAUUCGGGGCUGCUGGAUUAACUCCAUUUACUCCUGAUGUUUAUCGGGGAUCAAUAUUGUCAUCAUCUCCUGCAGUGUCAUUUCCGUCAAGUCCUUUCCAGUUCCCCGUGUUUCCUUUUGGGCCCACUUUUCCUCUUCCAUCUGCCAGUUUUCCAGUUGGAGCAACCUCCUAUGCUGAUCCCUCAUCUGGCACGAGGCUGUUUGCACCUCCUGUAAAUUCUCAGUUGUUUGGAUCAGUUGGUGCAAUCUCAUCCCAAUUUCAGAGACCAUAUGUGGUUAGCCUUCCGGACAGUAGCAGUAAUGGGGGGUUGGAGAAUAACAGAAAGUGGGGUAGACAGGGUCUAGAUCUCAAUGCUGGCCCUGGAGCCAUUGAAAGUGAGGUCAAGGAGGAUAUGUUGCCUCUGUCAUCAAGCCAACAUUCUGUUGCCAGUUCACAACCUCUAACAGAGGAGCAAGCUAGGAUAUAUUCAGUGUCGGGUAGUAUUUUGAAGAGGAAGGAGGCUGAGGGAGGGUGGGAUAGUGAAAGCUUCAGAUAUAAGCAGUCUUCAUGGCAGUAGGAUUGUGAACUGCUGGACUGCAGCAUGCUUGUAAGUCCUGUAAGUUCUUUUCCCCAUGUAAUGCGUAAUACAAUGCUCAGAGGUGUUGGAUUUUUAUGACAAUAAAAUCAUUUGUUGUGAUGCAAA